ACCCAACUUCUUAAUAAAAUGCAACACAAACUCAUCUUGUACACUCAAGCCUCACAUUGCUCUCGUGAAGUACCUAAUUACAGAUUUCAAGCCCUCAAAUCUCUUUGAGCCUCUCUUUUUUCAUGGGAAACUAUAUAACAUACCGUCCAUCUAAUGCCAAAGUUAUUCUAUGGGAUGGCACGGUUCAUGAAUUUGAUAAACCUUUAACCGUGGCUGAGCUCAUGUUAGAGCACCCACAACAAGUUGUGGUUGAAUUGCACUCAGCUGUGAAUGAAAGAAGGCCAACUCCAUUGGCUGCUGACAAGAAUCUAGAGAUGAAAAAGACUUAUAUAAUGCUUCCAAUGAAACGAGGGAAGCCGGUCUCAUUGUCAAGUGAAGAAGCUCGCCGCCUUCUUUUAAGUGCGAAUUCAGUUUUACAUUCGAAAUCUCUAUUGUCUUCAUCAAAGUUUCUCCCUUUGUUUGCUCUGAUGUGCCCUGCCAGAGUAGGCAAUGAACAAGAAUUUUUGUCACAAAAGAAAGAAAACGUGGAGAGGACAGAGGAGAGGUUUGUUCCGGAGUUUUUGCCCGAGAUAUUAGAUGGGAGACCAGAAUAUUUGAGUAGGGAAUUAUCAGGCAAGGGGUGGAAACCCAAUUUAGAUACUAUUAAGGAGAAGAAGGUUAAGAAGAAGCUGUCUCGGUGGUUGUUUUGAAGAUAUUGUCAAAGUUCAUGAAAUUUGAAACGGUACCAUGUAUGGCAAUGCAUUUUAUUGUACGAAAUUAAUUAGGAAAAAUGUCUUAAAGAAUGCUAGUAUGAGUUUGUCAAAGAAUCUAAACCUGUUAAAACUGAUGUUGCUGUUAUUUUCAUGCAUGGAGUUAUGGAUCUUUCAAUUUGGAA